AUGUCCUCGGAAAAGACCAAUAGCCAGGAUGCCCAACCAAAAGAAAAAACUGAUCCUAUACCGGACUCGACUCCCGUAGCAGACCCCCCAGCUGGUGGCGUCUUCUCGAAUAUCUCAGCCUCAGCAUCUAAUCUUCUCUCUUCCAUCACUGGCCCUUCUUCUGCCUCUUUAAUUACUGACUCGCUUGCUUCCUCAUCAUACCUGGCUUCUACAAAGUCAAGUAAUCAAGAACAUCGACUCCACAGUACCUAUACAGACCCCUCUACCUCAGCUGGAGGCCUCUCUACCGAUCAUCAUCCUCCUUCACUACUUUUUACUUCUACAUCCACUGCUACUACACGUGGAACCGACGGAUUUCGAAGCCGGCAGCCACAUCAACCUUAUUCUGUAGAGGAUGAAUUCGCCUCUUUCGAAAGACAGCUCUUCCCGCAGCUUCAUGAAAGUCAACAGACCCCUUUAGACUCCGGCAUAGACGGCUAUGCGCAUACUACAGAGCUAGAAUCGGAUGGCCAUGACGUUGUUUCUCUCCUCUCACAACCCCUCACCUCAGCAAUAUACUCCCCAGACCUAGAGCUUCAAGGAAUGAAGUUAACAAACCCAACAAUCCGCCUAUUCGUAGCCUGUGAUGAUCCUGUCGAGUUUCUCUCCACUUUGGACGUGUAUACGGAAGAGGUUUGGGGGGAUGCUGUAGAAGUGGUACGGCAAGCUAGGGAAGAAAUUUUGGCCGAUAGAAAGGGAAAGCAAAAGCAAGGUAGCCAUGGGAGAGCUGCGACUGAGAGAUUAAGAAUGAUUUGGGGCCAUCUAAAGGGCACACCUGUGUAA